AAUGCUGAACUGGCAGGUGCCAAGGGAGUUAUUCUGUACUCUGACCCUGCUGACUACUGUGCCCCAGGAGUAGAUCCCUAUCCAAAUGGCUGGAACCUUCCAGGUGGAGGAGCCCAGCGUGGGAAUGUAUUAAACCUGAAUGGGGCAGGGGAUCCUCUGACACCAGGUUACCCUGCAAAAGAAUACACUUAUCGAUUAGACAAAGCCAGUGGUGUAGGUCUCCCAAAAAUUCCAGUUCAUCCCAUUGGCUAUCUCGAUGCUGAGUCGUUACUGCGUAAUAUGGGAGGACACGCACCACCACAUAGCAGCUGGAAAGGCAAUCUGAAUGUAUCUUACAACGUUGGUCCUGGUUUCACAGCAAAUUACUCUACAAGAAAGGUGAAAAUGCACAUUCACAGCAACAAUGAAGUAAGGAGGAUUUACAAUGUGAUUGGUACCAUCAGAGGCACAGUGGAACCAGACAGAUAUGUCAUCCUGGGAGGCCACCGCGAUGCAUGGGUAUUUGGUGGCAUUGAUCCUCAGAGUGGGGCAGCUGUGGUUCACGAGAUAGUGAGGAGCUUUGGAAAACUGAAAAGGAAAGGAUGGAGGCCAAGGAGAACAGUGAUAUUUGCAAGCUGGGAUGCAGAGGAAUUUGGCUUGUUAGGAUCCACAGAGUGGGCUGAGGAAAAUGUCAAAGUACUACAGGCGCGGGGAGUGGCUUAUAUCAAUGCAGAUUCCUCCAUCGAAGGAAACUACACACUACGAGUGGAUUGCACACCACUGAUGUACAGACUGGUGUACAGUCUGACUAAAGAGAUACCAAGUCCUGAUGAGGGGUUUGAAGGAAAAUCUCUUUAUGAGAGCUGGUAUAAAAAAAAUCCAUCAACAGAAUAUAAAGAGGUCCCCAGAAUAAAUAAACUGGGUUCUGGCAAUGACUUUGAAGUCUUUUUUCAACGUCUUGGCAUUGCUUCAGGCAGAGCACGUUACAGUAAAAAUUGGAAUGUAGAAAAAUAUAGCAGCUAUCCAGUUUACCACAGUGUCUAUGAAACCUAUGAAAUUGUGGAGAGGUUUUAUGAUCCCGCUUUCAAGAAUCAUCUGACAGUAGCUCAGGUACGGGGAGGGCUGGUGUUUGAAUUGGCCAACUCCAUUGUGCUUCCCUUCGACUGUAGAGAUUAUGCAUCAGCUGUGAGCAACUAUGCUCACAUCAUCUAUAAUUUGUCAAGGAAUCAUGAAGAGGAACUGGCAACAUACAGUGUAUCCUUUGAUGCUCUCUUUUCAGCUGUGAAGAAUUUUACAGAAGUUGCUGCUAGGUUUCAUGAAAGACUGCAACAAAUAGAUGUCAAUAACCUACUUGCUGUCAGAUCAGUAAAUGAUCAGCUCAUGUUUCUAGAAAGGGCUUUCAUCGAUCCCCUUGGAUUACCUGGCAGGCCAUUCUAUAGACAUGUUAUCUUUGCUCCAAGCAGCCAUAACAAGUACGCAGGAGAAUCAUUCCCAGGGAUCUAUGAUGCCAUGUUUGACAUUAAAAACAAAGCUGAUCAACAUGAAGCCUGGGAAGAGGUUAAGAGGCAGAUUUCCAUUGCAGCCUUCACUGUACAGGCAGCAGCAGAAACCCUGAAAGAAGUAGCAUAA